CCAAGAGGAUAAAGAAAAAGUCCAGAAAUUAUAUAUUAAAAAUGAUCAAGGCAUUGACAAUGUAAGUGGUCAAACUUAUUGUUUCUACAAGGUUCAAUUAGAAGGAGAAUUAAACCUUAGUGAGUUCACUAACCUUAACUAUCUAGAGAUUAGAGGUAGCAGUUUCAGUGUUGAAUUAUCAGCGAGUAGUGAAGGAAAGGAGGUUCCAGAAAUGCUUCGUGUAGCA